CAAGACCAAACCACUGACGAGUGUAUUGGACUAAACCGGACUAAACCAUUGUAGAGGACAGUAAAUAAAGAGAGAUAACGACGGUGGAUGAGCGAGCGAGAGCGAGGCAAAGAGUAGCCGCACAUCUUUGAGGCAACAGCGAGCUGAACGAUAGUUGUCCUCUGCCAGAGGGUUUGUUGGAGACUUGCAGAUGCUGCAGAUGGUCAGCAGACUGGGGAGACUUUUGCUGAGAAUUGGGUGAAAGCAAAACCAAAUCAACCCUGAGCCAAAGCCACACCUCUGGGAUGCUCACACGCCACCUGCCAGGUCAGUGCAUGUGCACAAAAGCAAGCACGUGAACGCACCAAUGUGCUGAGGUUCUGAAUGGCUGAAUGAAGAGCCAAUACUUCAAAAUAGUGAGAGUGAGUGUCAGAGACAUUAAAUGACCUUUCAGAAGGAAAGAAUGAAUUUUUCUUCUGACAUUCAUUCGCUGACCUUUUGGUUUUUCUCUGAGUGUCAUUGUUCUUCAUACCUGAAGAGAGAGCUUCCCGCAAUGAAUUGUGCAAUAUGGGGAAUUAUGGGGCGACCGUAGCUCAGCACAGCCUAACCUUCUGUUCCCAGCUGGUUGUUGCUUUGAACUGCUCUCCCUCCACCCUAUCCUCCCCUCUUUCCUCUUCAUCUGUCUUUGCUCCUCCUCUCUGAGUCUGUGCAGAAAGCUCCACCCCUCCCGUCUCUCCCAUCACCAACUCCUAUGCUCUGUGAGCCGUGUCCUCUCUGCGUCAGACGGCUCCAUUCAUGAAAAGUGUGACGUGAGCAGGUUCUUUAGCGACCCAGCAGUGAUGCUGACGCCCACCCACUCACAUCACAGGUGCUGCAGGAGUUAGAAGAAUGCCUGUGAUUCUCAGAAUUCAGACAAACCACUGUGUUAGACCGCGCCCCGCUCUUCGUCACUGGGCAGCCCAUGCACACGCACGGCACCAUGGGAAGCUCCCCUGAGGUGCUGUCAUGGACUUCCUGCCCCAGUCUGCUUGUGGGUAAGCUGAAAGAGGAGCUGAAGCUCACUGUGGUUGGGGACGCCAUGAAGAAAUCAAACUCCCAACCCCAGGCUCCACAGGCCCCUCCCUCUAAUUUACCUCCUCAAAUUAUCACAGACCUGGCCCCUCCGACGCACUUGCCCGUUCCCCUGCAGACGCUGCAGACUCCUGGCCAGGAUGAGGACUCCGUGCUGGGGGGCAUUACCCCCCAAAACAUAGCACUGAGUGUGGACUCUACACGGAGCGAGGGUGGGCACUUUGACAACAGUGUGCUCCAGCUGCAGGAGCACGACCACGAAGAAGCUGGCUCUCCGGCUUCCUGUGAGCACGGUGGGCAUGGUACUGGGAUGGAGGAGCACAUGGGAGAAGGGGACUGUCCCUCGGACCACAGUGGCGAGGGGAGGCAGAGCCAUCCACAGCACCCUGAUGACAUUAAGCUGCACUUCCAGAGAGCAGGACCUGGGUCCGGGGGCUUCUUAGAGGGGCUGUUCGGCUGUCUUCGGCCAGUCUGGAACAUCAUCGGGAAAACAUACUCAACAGAAUACAAGCUACAACAGCAAGACAUGUGGGAGGUUCCGUUUGAGGAGAUUUCGGAGCUACAGUGGCUCGGCAGUGGAGCGCAAGGAGCGGUCUUCUUGGGUAAAUUCCGCUCUGAGGAGGUGGCAAUCAAGAAGGUGCGGGAGCAGAAGGAGACUGACAUUAAACACCUGCGAAAACUCAAGCAUCCCAACAUCAUCAGCUUUAAGGGAGUGUGCACUCAGGCUCCGUGCUACUGCAUCAUCAUGGAGUACUGUGCCCAGGGCCAGUUGUACGAGGUGCUGAGAGCAGGCAGGAAAGUGACUCCCAGGCUGUUGGUGGACUGGGCCUCAGGCAUCGCCAGCGGCAUGAACUACCUACACCUGCACAAGAUCAUCCACAGAGAUCUUAAGUCUCCUAAUGUUUUAGUCACCCACUGCGACACUGUGAAAAUCUCUGACUUUGGAACAUCCAAAGAGCUCAGUGACAAAAGUACAAAGAUGUCAUUUGCGGGUACAGUGGCCUGGAUGGCUCCGGAGGUGAUCCGAAAUGAGCCUGUGUCAGAGAAGGUUGACAUUUGGUCAUUUGGAGUUGUGUUGUGGGAACUGCUGACUGGUGAAAUUCCCUACAAAGACGUGGACUCCUCUGCCAUCAUUUGGGGUGUUGGCAGCAACAGUCUUCACCUUCCUGUCCCCUCCACCUGCCCAGAUGGUUUCAAAAUCCUCAUGAAACAAACAUGGCAAGGCAAGCCCAGAAACAGGCCUUCAUUUCGCCAGAUUCUCCUUCACCUGGAUAUUGCCUCCUCUGAUAUCCUUGGAGCUCCUCAGGAGACCUACUUCAAGUCUCAGGCAGAGUGGAGGGAGGAGGUGAAGAAACAUUUUGAGAAGAUCAAGAGUGAAGGCACCUGCAUCCACAGACUGGACGAGGAGCUGAUUCGACGCAGGAGGGAUGAACUCAGGCAUGCACUGGACAUCAGGGAGCACUAUGAGAGGAAACUGGAGAGAGCAAACAAUCUUUACAUGGAGCUCAGUGCCAUCAUGCUGCAGCUGGAGGUCCGGGAGAAAGAUCUAAUAAAGAGAGAGCAGGCUGUGGAGAAGAAAUAUCCCGGUAACUACAAGAGGCAAUUGGUGCGACCUAUCGUUAGGUCCAAUGCUGUAGAGAAGCUCAUCAAGAAGAAAGGAAGCAUUUCCCACAAACCUGGGAUGCCCAACACCAAAAGGCCAGACUUGCUUCGUUCUGAUGGCAUUUCCAGUGUUGACCCUCUCCCCUCCCCCUCACCACUGUCUGCCAGCCCAAAGGUCUCCACACCUCCUGGUAAAUCUCGCUACCGUAGCAAGCCUCGUCAUCGCCGCGCCAACAGCAAAGGAAGCCACACCGAGUUCCCUGGCGUGCUGAAACCUGUUGCUGGUGCUCCAGAAGACAGCCACUCUCUCCAGGAGCAGCUGUUCCACCAUCAUCACCACCACCACCACCACCUUCUACCAAAUCAGGGGCCCCUCCUUCCCUUGAAGGGCCGUGAGGAGGCUGUUGUCAACUGUGCCAACAACUUGCGCUACUUUGGCCCUGCAGCUGCCCUGCGUAGUCCUCAGACAGACCACCUGCAGCGCCUUGUUUCUGGCUCCAGUCCCGACCUCAUUUCCACUGCUGUGGAUGCGGACACUCGACAGCGGACUACAACCACCAGCUCCAAUCCUGUCCCGGGUGCUGCUGCUGGUUCUCUGUGCCCCUGCUGCCAGGCACACCCCUUCCCUGGAUGCCUACAUUGUCAGGAGACCCCACCUGCACCCAACAACCCAGAGCUACCCCACUACUCGCUGCUCGGCACCCAAAAAGGAACCCAGGCUUCCUUAGCUGUGCCCAGUGAAGAUCCAGCCUCGAAGGCUACAAAGAAGCUGGAGCCACAGGAGGCGUCCCAACACACGCACACCCUGCCCACUGCACUGCCACACAUUCUAAGACCUCUCAGGAAGGGUGGUGAUGAGUCAUCCGAAGAGGAGGAAGGAGAGGUGGAUAGUGAAGUGGAGUUUCCAAGGAGACCGAGACCUCAUCGUUGUAUGAGCAGCUUUCAGUCCUACUCCACCUUCAGCUCCGAGAACCUGUCGGUCUCUGAUGGGGAGGAGGGAAAUACGAGCGACCACUCCCACAGUGGGCCCCUGGAACGGAUGAGUGCCAGUCAAGAAGAGCACCUGGACGAGCUGCUAUCACACACACCAGACAUCCCCAUCGACAUCUCCACCCAGUCAGACGGCCUCUCUGACAAGGAGUGCGCUGUCCGCAGGGUCAAGACCCAGAUCUCUUUGGGUAAACUGUGCUCGGAUGAACAUAGUUAUGAGAAUCCGCUUCAGUUUGGAGACUCCGACUGUGAUUCGUCAGAAGCCGAGUGCUCCGAUGCCACUAUCAGAAAUAACAAAGUGGGACCUCCGUCUUCGUGGUGAAACCACCCCGAGGACACAGUUGUGUUUUUGCCUGGAGGCCAUUGUGUCCCGCUCUGCGCCGCAGAAAAUACAGCAAUAAGAGGAUGACUUUGUAAACAUAGCUCACUAUAGCAAUUCUCCAUGCAAUCUCUCCCAGAGCCUUCCCGACCCUUCCCUUCAUGAGCCUCACCUGCCCUCAUCUUUGGCACAGCAUUCAGGCAACCCAUGGCAGGGAUUCCCUUUUGAAAGAUAAUGAACAGUAGAUAGUGUAACAUUCAUAAUUUAUUUUUGUCAGAGUUCUGAAGGAAAAUUCAAUGUUCUAUGAUCUGAACAGAGACAAAAAAAAAAACUUUUCAAAACUGACCACGGGCUAUCUGUGUGUUGGACUGAGGCUGAGGAUGAAGAUGCAAGUUGUGAUGAAGUAGAGGAUUAUGUAUUAAAGUGCUGAUCCAUCUGAGGAUGACAGCUGUGGGAAAGACGCAUCAUUGUUACUGUUGGUCUCUCAGGCGAGUGACGCAUUCGGAGGGUGUCACUUCAUUUGAUCGCUCUCAGAAUUUUACAAUUUUACAUUUUACUCUCUUUGUCCACAGUUUGGCCAGUCUGCUUUCUCAUGACUUUACAGUGCAGAGCCUCAGCUCCCCUUCUCAUUUCUCCACUUCCAUCCUGUCCCCCAACAAGGAACAGGAAGCUCAUGGAAACAGUGUGAAAAACACCAGCAUGAAACAACCUGCCUCACAAGUGGACUCUCUCUCUCUCUCCCCAAAACCACCAAUGGUGUGUAGUCAUCAGGAUUUCUCCAAGCAUGUCUGUGCAGUUUGCAAAACCCUCCUGAAGACUGCAUGAAGUGGACAACCAAGCAGAGCAACAGGGAUGAAGACUCGUGUGACAGCUGAUGACAGCUUUUUGUCCUUUCUGACCCUGCUUAUCCUUUUAUGACAUGCCAUCAUCAUCACCCAUCAGAUAUAAUGACCUAAGCUACUGAGGGACUUCAGUGUGUGUGUGUGUGUGCACGCGCGCACGUCCGUGUGCUCACAAAGCCUUUUUCUCUCCAUUAGACAUUACAGUUUCAAGUCUCAUCUCAGGAUUGUUUCGAGAACUGUGAGAAACUGGACUGGACCAAUUAUUGUAUGUGGGAAUGUUGUUCUUCGAGCGGCACAUAUUAUGGACCACACAGGAAUAUUAAAAACGGUCUUACAGAUAGCCUUGAUGUUCAACCCCUUAUUGCUGGACAUUGACGUUAUAUGAACAUGUAGAGUGCUCUAAGUGCGUUUCAGGUGCAGUAUCCCCUUUCUUGAAAUCAAAAGGUGCAACAUCUCACAUGUACCAUUUUCUAGCAAGAUAAUUUAAACUGUCUGAUCUAUAAUGUCCAAAAAACUGUUUCCUGUGCUGUGCUGAAUGAAACGGCAAUAACAUAGGUUGGCACUCAGGUGAGAAAGUAGUUGCUUGCUCAGGUUUCCGGGGCUACAGGUGCUGGCUACAACACAGUGACUGGUGGGAGCAGCAAAGGUCAAACUAUUUAUUUGAAAUGCAGUGUCUUUAAAUUGGCCCAAUUUCUGUGAAGCCACAAGGCUUGGUGCUCAGGCUUAACGUUGAUGAUAAAGAGCGGAAGCAGUGCACCAACAGCCACUAGAUGGCGACACUUACAAUGACCAGGUUUGCCUUGUGAUAUGUAAAUACCUAGGCUUCAUUUUCUACCCUGUGUAAUGUAUUCCACAUUUCCUUUGACCAUCCUAAUCCCAGGAUUUCAUCAAUAUUACUUGUUUUUGUCCAGUUGUCUUUGAAGAGGGGAUACUGCAUCUGUGAGAGCUUUAUUUUAAUCCUUGUCUGCGUGUUUGUCCUUCAUCUUAAUGAUUUUGCAGUUAAAAAUAGCCAGCCAGGGUUGAAUUUAAAGAUAAUGAUGUCAAGAAUGCUCAAGUGUUUGCAGACAGCUGAGAUUCUGCAUAAGGAAUAAAAGCCAGAGACAAGGCCACAGAGCAAGUGAGCUGCUCUUGGUUUGCAACAACCUCAUCUCAGUGUUAGUGUAUAUAAUCAUCUGUAAAUGUAAUGUCACCUGUUUUUGACCUCUCUCUGUAGUGAAUGCACAGCUCUGACAGAAACCUGAGCUUCUGUCACUGAGUAGUUCAAAAUGAGCAGGAAAUUCUUGAAUCGGUAUCACAUCAGUAUUGAACACUGCAGGAGGAUGUGAGCUGCACAAACUGAAUCUAGAACUGAAGUGAGGUAUAAAUUACCUUUUGUGGAGUUUUGUAAAGUCCUGAUAGUGGGUACAGCUGCUGCCUUUCCUCGAGCCUCCUUAACCUUCUUCAUUCUGUUGAUAUGUGAGUGAAAUAACCUAGUGUAUUGUAAUGGCUGGGUAAUCUGAUCAAGCUGUUGAUAACAUUGUGUUCCUGACAUAAUAUAUCCUGUGAAGUAUGAUUGCUGUAAAGGUUUAAUUUAAAAAAAAAUUUGUAGCUGGCCUACAUGAUUAUUGGAUUAAUUUAUUAUCGAUGAAUGUUAAGGUGCAUUUUUAAUUUCAGGCAGCUUUAGAAAUGUUUUGACCUAUGAUUAUUUAAAGGAAGCACAAUGAAUCGGUAUGGGAAGAUAAAAGUAUUUUUAUGUGAGAACAAAAGCAUUUUCAUAUCACUUAAGGGGACCAUUCAUCAUUUAGACCAUCACUGCAGAUGUGAAGUAUUGUAUUGCAGACUUUACAUCACUAAUUAGUUACACCAAGUGUUCCUCAGUCUUUUUUUUUUUUAACUCAACAUAGGUUUAUUAUAUGGAAUCGCUUCUGUUUCCAACCAAGAACCAGUCAAGUGACUUUCACAGCAGGGUAAAUAAGACUCAAAACCUGAAGGCACGUGCAGUGCCGAUAUCUGUACCUCUGCAGUGAUCCCUUCCUCUUGUUUUUAAUCAAAAUACCACUAACUUACAUUCAGUGCAAUUGUCUCUUAAGGUCGACAUAAUGUUGCCUCAUUCAAUGUAUCAAGCAUCAGUUUCUUUGUUACUAUUGUUUCUAACUCCCCUUCCUGUUGAAUGGCAUUACGAUCAACCAAUCCUGUAAUUAUUCCUGUAUUAUCCAGUGUACAGUGCAAUGGGUAUCUGGGAGAAUAAAAUCAGAGCAAACAACUGCAUGGAAUAAAUGCUGAUGUACUGUACCCAGAA